AUGUCAACAAGUGCUUCUUCAUCAACCGUUCAACAAGUUGUUAGAAAGAGCUUUCAAUUUGAAGUUUUGGGAUUUUUGGAAUCAGUCUUUAAACAAAAAACAGGAUGUCCUCGACAAUCUCUCAUCGUUCCGAAGGCUAGAGGAAGACUUUUAUUAAAAUUUGGAGGUUUUACAAGCAAUACACAACAUUUUGUGGAGGGUUUGGAAGGAUUUUCUCACAUUUGGUUAUUCUGGGUUUUCCAUCAAAAUAAUAAUUUAGCUGCUCCGAAUGAUGAAAAUGAUAAUGCAGCAUCAUCAGGGACAGAAUUAACCAAAUUUCAAAUGAUGCAAAAGGCUAAAGUUCGUCCACCAAGAAUGAACGGAAAGAAAAUUGGUUCCUUGAGUUGUAGAGCUCCAUAUAGACCAAAUCCUUUAGGAAUGAGUGUUGUUAAAUUGGAUAGAAUUGAAAGAGAUGAAAAUAAUAAUGCAAUUUUACAUUUAUCAGGAAUUGAUUUAGUUGAUGGAACUCCUAUUGUUGAUAUUAAACCAUACAUUCCAGAAUAUGAUAUGGUUAUGGAACAACCUCUCUCAUUACCUCUUCUUAAAGAAAUUGUGAAGAAAUAUUUUGAAGAAAACUCGGAAAACUCAACAAAGAAACGAAAGACUGAUGAAGAAACUAGUUCAUCAAUUCCAAGUGCCUCCACUGUUGAACUCGAUGAUAGUACUGAUAGUAAUUUAUUUGCCAAAGUUGCAGAUUGGAUGGAAAAUAUGCCAAGAAAACAACAAGAAAUUACACAAGUGAAAUUCACAGAACGAUCAUUAGAAAUGAUUGAAACUCUAUUGAAAAAAUCCACAUUUUACAAGACAGUCGAUGAAGUUAAAUCACUCUUUGAAGAUUUAAUUAAAUUAGAUCCAAGAAGCAAAUAUCGUAGAGAGAAAUGUCAAGAAGAACUCUUUGGAAUUCACGUUGAUGUUUUCAAUAUUUUGUGUCGAGUGAAUGAGAAUGUCUGUACAAUUGAAGAGAUUGAAGAUUGGAGUAAUGGAUCACCAUAUACUAAAGAAGAGCUCAAAGAAAGGACAAAGAGACACAGAAAUGCAAUGAAAGAAGCCAAACUCAAACAGCAAGAAAGUUCAACAGAACAACCAUCCAAAGAUGAAUAAAACUUGGAUUGGCGCCAAAUAAAUUAAAUAAUUUUUAUUAAAA